UAAGAAAAGAUAGUAAACAUGGCAGAGUAAUCAAUUAGCGAUGUUCUCAGUGGAGCAUUUGCAGGAGUGUGUUUUAGACUUUUUGGUCAUCCUUUUGAGUAAAAUAUCUUUUAUAUUAAAGUACUAUAAAGGUGAGGAUGAUAAUGGGGAACUAAAAUAAAUCAAUAUUUAGAGUUGGUUUGAACAUCUAUAAAAAUGAAGGAGUAAUGAAUGAUUAUAGUUUAGUUUAAAGCUUAUUAUAAAGGAAUGUUAUCUCCAAUACUUGCUGAAGUACCUUGCAAUGCUGUAAUGUUUGCAGUUUAUGAAGCAGUAUAUCGUGAGCUUUGUCCUUAUCCAUACAGUAAUCAAGCUUAAAUUGUUCCCUGUAUUAUUUAUAAUAAAAGUAUGAUAGGGCUGAUUGCAGGAGGAGUGAGUGGAAUAGCAUAUGCUUUAGUAGUAUGUCCAGCUGAAAUGAUUAAAUGUUUACUUCAGAUGCAAAUAAAAAAUAUUGAUCAUGAACUGAGGUCUCCAUUUAGAUGUGUAGUCACUUUAUUAUAAAGAGAGGGUAUCCGUGGAAUGUUUAAAGGAUUAGUGGCUACAAUAAUCAGAGAUGUGCCUCAAAAUGCAGGUAUUUAGAAAUUCUAUAAGGCUAUUAGCUUUCUUCACAACUUAUGAAUACACAAAAUAUUUAUUCAAACAAAGGAAUAAUUCUGAUGAUAUAAGUUUUUUGUAGGCUUUAGUAUGUGGUGGCAUGAGUGGAAUAGCUUGUUGUCUUGCUUCUUAUCCUUUAGAUGUAGUUAAGACUCAACUUUAAUGUGAAGCAGCUGUAUUCAAAUCCUAAAGAAAAUUUAGACCUAUUCUAAUGGAUGGUGGUGUAAUUAUGUGUACUACACACAUAUUAUAAAAAAACGGAAUUAUGGGUAUUAUACAAUAUAAAUAAUUUUAGGUUUCUUUAAUGGAAUCCAAAGUUGCCUUAUUUAUUAUCUUAUAGGAUGUUCUGCCUAAUUUACAGGUUAUUAUUAUGCAUAAUAACUCUUUAAAUAAGCACUUCCUAUUUAUUGA